UAUUGGGUAUAAAGAAGAAGAAUUAAUCAAAAGGUGAAAAAUGAGAAAUGCAUGAGGGACAAGAAAGUAAAAACACAUGCAAAAUGAUGACGGGUGAAGUGGAAAGAAAAAUGGAGAGAAAGCGUUUGAAUGCGCAGCCAUUAGCACUCAUUAGGAAAAUCAAAGGAUUUACUCGUUCAAUCGUUGAGGGUCUAGCUCGAGGUAGUGCACCUUUGAUCUACAUUGAUCGGUUCAGAAAUUACUGUACAGACACUUCUGGAAAUUGCUCUUGCAGCUCUGGUUUGCCGGCAGGCAAGGAAGCUAUAUCCUUGAAGAGGGAAUGCCAUGCACGUAGGCUUGAUGUCUUGUUGAGAGUUCUUCUGAUAGUUCAACAACUUUUGCAAGAAAAGAGGCAUGGAUCAAAAAGAGACAUAUAUUACAUGCAUCCUACUGUUUUUAAAGAACAAUCUGUUGUUGAUCGGGCAAUUAAUGACAUCUGCAUCCUCUUGCAAUGCAGUCGACAUAACCUUAAUGUGGUGUCUGUUGGAAAUGGAUUGGUGAUGGGCUGGCUGCGGUAUGUGGAAUCUGGGAGGAAAAUUGACUGCAUUAGCAAUCCUAACACUGCUUACCCGAUUCCGGUCCAUGUUGAAGAGGUCAAUGAUAUUCUUAGUGUUGCUCAAUAUGUUUUAGUUGUGGAAAAGGAAUCAGUGUUCCAGCGACUAGCAAAUGAUCAGUUUUGCAAGAGGAACCAUUGCAUUGUCAUAACAGGAAGGGGUUAUCCUGAUGUUCCCACAAGGAGGUUUCUGCGUCUCCUCAUUGACAAGCUGCAUUUGCCUGUGUACUGCCUGGUAGAUUGUGAUCCAUAUGGCUUUGACAUCUUAACUACAUACAAAUUCGGUUCUUUGCAAAUGGCUUAUGAUGCAACGUUUCUACAAGUCUCUGAGAUACAAUGGCUUGGAGUAUUUGUCCAGGAUUCCGACAAUUACAGCAUUCCACAGCAAUGUCUCCUGCCUUUGACUGUAGAAGAUAAGAGGAAAGUCGAAGCAAUGUUACAUAGAUGUUAUUUGCAACGAGAAGUGCCAAAAUGGAGGUUUGAACUGGAGCUGCUGUUGUACAAAGGAGUUAAGUUCGAGAUUGAAGCAUUGUCCGUGCACUCGCUCACUUUCUUGUCACACGAGUAUCUACCAUCAAAGAUCAACAACGGAGGAUGCCUUCAACUUCUUGGGUGGUGGAUUACCUCCAGACAGUAUCACAUAAGAGUAGAAGCAGAACAUUAGAGCAGUGAAAAGAUUUAAGAGCAAAGUGAAUGAUAAUGUUGUACGGUUGCACCAGGUAAUGGAUACUUGAGAAAAGAAGAAGACGUUGUAAUACCUAAUGGCAGCAAAGAAGCCGGCAGGGAACAAUUUUCCUGUCUGCAUAAACAAAACAAAACAAAAUGUUAAACCUACAAACAGAUACAGAACAAUUUUCCUGUCUGCAUCAACUUUCUUCUCUCUUUACAGUCGUCUUCCAACCCCACACGAUAUAUCUAUGAUCACAUGCAUACAAUGUUAAACCUACAAACAGAUACAGAUCAAAGACAUUACGCCCAAAAGAAGUGUUCCCUGUUCACAACCAAUAACAUGCUAAAGAGUACUGUCCACCAGCCAAAAUGUGAUGAUUUGGACUUUUAUUUGAAAAUAGUAUUAUUGUUAUAUAUGUAUUUA